AUGUCGGACGUUGAGAGCGAUUCGGACGAGUGGUCUGAUGCUGAAUAUUUCGAUGACUUGGGGGCAUUUGAUUUGGUAAAUUUAAACGAAAGUGAAAGAGAUCAGAUAGAACGAAUAAUUGAAGAUCGUAAUUCUUCAGAUGAAGAGGAAAAUGAGGUGUACAAUGGCUACACACCACCUGAAAAUUUUGUUUGGACUGACGAGUUUUCGGUAAGAUGUCGACUUCCGUAUUCAGAGAAGCCAGGACCUGUUCGUGUGUUAGAUAGUUCAGCAUCUGUGCUCAAUUACUUCCAAAUUUUCUAUUCGGACGAAAUUUUUAAUCAUAUUGUGGACAGUACGAACAGAAAUGCCAAUAAAAAGAGAAGAGAAGAUGCUAAUAACAACAAAGGUGUGUGGAAUGAUGUGACUAUAGAUGAAAUCAAAGUGUUUUAUGGAGUGUUGAUCAUGAUGGAUGUUAUCAAGCUGGACAGAGAUGAUCUCUAUUGGAAGGAGGAUGAAAAGUACUUUAUGUUGGGAACAAGAAUAUCAGAUGUCAUUAGCAGAGACCGGUUUAUGCAAAUCAGAAGGUAUUUGAAUUUUUCUAUAAGUGAAGAAGAUGGUUUGGAACACCGUAACGACAAGCUAUCCAAAGUAAGAUACAUGCUCGAUAAAAUACGCAAUUCUUUUAAAUCUGAAUACAUUCCUCAUGAAGAAAUUAGUGUUGAUGAAUCUAUGGUACCUUUUAAGGGAAGGUUGUCUUUUAAACAGUACAUGAAAGAUAAACCAUGUAAAUUUGGAAUUAAAUUCUGGAUGCUUGCGGAUGCCACUAGUGCGUACUGUUGGAAUUUUGAUGUAUAUGUCGGAAAGUACGGAACUGAAAUUAAUCGUACAUUUGGUCUCAGUGCCCAUGUUGUGAUUGACUUGCUUCGUGGGUUAGAAAACAAAGGACACUGUGUCUUUACUGACAAUUUUUACACUAGUCCUACAUUAGCGCACUACCUGACAACAAUUGGUACCUGUCUGUGUGGAACUGUCAGACCGAAUCGUCGUGGGUUUCCACAGGAUCUUGUAAAAUCAAAAUCAGAAGCUCGAAGACUUCCUAGAGGCUAUUACGAUUGGAGACAGUGUGAUGACAUGAUCGCUACGUGUUGGAAGGAUAAGAAAAUGGUUUACUUUUUGUCUACGUGUCAUAUACCAGAAAAGGAAAACUUGACCGUGAAGCGGUACAAUAAAGACGGAAGUACAACCGAGUUCCCAGACGUACCAUCAGGAGCAGCAUAUUCUAAAUACAUGGGCGCCGUGGAUCGCAAUGAUCAAGUGACAAAGUUGAACAAAUCAAAAAAAACUAUGCGUUGGUAUAGGAAAAUUGAAAGGAAACUCCUUGAACUUUCCAUAUACAAUGCUUAUGUCCUUGAGGGAAGUGUCGUUGAACAUAAUAGCCCUGGGAAAAGGAAGCGUGACCUUUUAAAGUUCAAAUUGGAUCUUGCGCAUGAACUUAUUGGGCAACGACGUAUUCGCAAAAGGGCUGGAAGGUCUAGAUCUGCAACAUCGAAUCAACUCCUCAGACUGGAUGGUCUAAAUCACUUACCUGAUGUUGGAGAAGGGAAAGAUCAUGUGUGUGUUGUGUGCAAUGAAAGGCAUUUGAAAUUCAAAGAAAGAAAUCCAGGUGUCUCCUAUGCUGAAAAUCCAUUCAAAAGGUGUAAAACCACAAUUAAAUGUGAAAAAUGUGAAAAAUAUCUUUGCUGCAACACUAAAAACAUGUGUUUCAAAGAGUAUCAUUCAAAAGUGUGUUAUUAA